AUGCAGAGAUCUUAUUAAGAACAAGUGAAUUAGAAGGAUUACUAGCAUAAAUUAUAUUUCAAAAAUGGUUAUCCAUAGAACUAAUAAUUUAAAAGAGAUCCGAAUUAAAUGCUUAGAGGAUUAGUACUAAAUAAAUAUUAUAAUAAGGUUGUAAAAACAUGUUUACUUCAUGUAAUAGAUUGGUUGAAAUAAGGAUUUAAUUUGUGGUUAUUUGUUGUAAUAAUACUGUCAGCUAGUUUUAGAGCUGAUCAAUAGUUGUUUAUUUGUAUAAUAUAAUUGGCAGGAAAUCUAUUUAUGUCAUCUUAUAAGCUUUAUUAAUAGAUUUGUAAAGCUUUGAGGCAAGUAAACGAAUAUUUCAAUUAAACUGUAUAUGUGAUAGGAUGGGAUCCUAAAUGUCAUAUAAGUAAAUGUCCAAAAAGAAAUGUGACAGUAGGAAAUUUAAUAUUUUUGAAGAGACAUUAACCUAGUCCAAUGAGCAUAUUAAUUUUGAAUUCAUAAGAAGAGAAGUUUAUGGUUUAGACAUCAGAGAAGGAAGGAAUGACACAUAUGACAUAAAAAUAAUCAAUAAAAUUAACAUCUACUUCAGAUUAAUAAAAAAAUCAAACUCUAAUUUAUUAUAAAAGAAUAAUGACAGGUAAGAUAGAAUUUGAUUAGUUGGAUACAAAUGAUAAUUAGUUUAGAGGGUUUAUAAAAUUAUAAAAGGAUCCAAAGGGUGAAUAUUUGGAUUAUAGAAAUAUUGUAAAUUAAAGUAGUAUGAUAAUAAAUACAGAUUGGGUAGUGGGUAUAGUAAUUAGUCAUGAUGAUGAAGAUGUAAUAAAAAUGUGGCAUAAUUGUUUUAAGAAGUCUACAACUCAUUUUGAUAGAUAUUUAAUGAAAUUUUCUAGAAUUUUUAGUCUUUUGUACUUUAUUUAAUUAGCAUUUUGUAUAACAAUAAUAAUUAGAUUUUAAACAAAGCCUGAUAAUUUCACUACAUAUAAUAUUUUAUGUAGAAUAUUUUAGAGUAUAACCUUUGUUCAUCCUUGUAUAAUAACAGGAUUAUGUGAAUUGACAUUUUAAUUUUUUAAUAAUAUAUUUGAGAAGAAUAAAAACAUAAUAAUAUCUCAUUCUUCUGAAUUGUUAACAUUGACUAAGAUAGAUCAUUGUAUUUAUGAUAAAACAGGAACUUUAACAAAUACAAAUACAGUAUUAUGUGGAGUAAUUUGUGGUGUGUAUUUUUAUAACCUUAUUAAUGAAGAAGGUAUAAGAAAUUCAACUAAGAAAUAUAGAAAAUUAAUGACUACUUAACAUUAACAUAUUAAUAAUAUGUAAGAAAUUUAAGAAGAAAUAGAAGAAAUGGAAGAAGUAGUUUUAGGAAUAGGAUCUAUUUAAAAGAGUGAAAGAAUGAUAUAAAAUCCAGGAAGUCAUCGUUCAGUUAAAUUAUAAUCAUUACAUGAUGAAAAUAUUAGUUUUAAUGAAAAAGAUGCAGUAUUUAAUGAAGAAGAACCUGAAUCAAGAAACAUGGUUUUUAAUUUUAAUCCACAUUUUAUUAGACAAUAAGAAUAAAUAAGACAUUAAAGUAUUGAUGAAGAAAUUUCAUCACCAGAGAAACCCAUAUAUGGUAAUAGAAAUAAUAGGAAAAUAAAUAAAAAUUACAAUAGUCGAGUAAUAAAUAUCAAUAAAAGAGAAUCUGGAAUUUAAGAAAGAAACUUAGAAUAAACAUAAGAUUAAGGUAAUGGAUCUUUAUUAUCUCCAUCUCCUGUUACUUCUUAGAAGGAUAUUAGGAAAGGUGUUAAAUUAUGUGAAUCCUAAAUUAAUGAAGAUGAAUAAUAACAAUUAUCUGAAAGUGAUAGUGAAGAUUAAGAUUAAGAAGUAAGAAAAGAUUUAUUAGAAAUCAUUAAAUUAGGAGUAAAAUAAGCAGAUAAUUUUAUGAGAUCUUUAAUUUUAUGUUAAGAUGUUAAAACUAAAUAUUCUAAACCUUAAAAUAAACCAAAUAGAGAUAAAACUGCUUAAAUGAUGGGAAUUUCUGGUCUUAUGAAUGAACAUCCUAGUAUGAAUCCUCAAAAUUUUUUAAAUGAAAAUACAGAAGAAUAUUAAGAAUCUGUUAUCAAAUUUGCAAAAUAAUAUUAAUUUGAAUUUAAUUGUGCUGGUCUUUUAAAUAAACGAAUUUGCUAUGAAAUUAGUGCCAAAGGUCUUAGUGAAAGAUAUUUAGUAUAUAAAAAAGUUAGUGAUAAUGAAACAUUUGCUAUUUUUAUGAAACCUAUUUAAUAAAGAUCAAGAAAUCAAGGUGGAUAAUAUGAUAGAUAAGGAACUGAAAGAACUUAAAGAGGAGCUUAAUUAAAAUUAUAUGUUAAAAGUGAAAAUUUAGGACUUUUAGAUAAAUGUAAAUUAUCAUAAAAAAAAAGAGUUAAUUUAGAAAAAUAAAUUACACAUUAAGCUUAAUCUGGUUAUAGAUUUAUAGUUUAUGCUGGUAAAGAUGUUCCUGAAGAAGCUGUUAAAAAUAAAAAUAAAUAUUAAGAAGUAAGUUUUGAUACAAUGGAAAUGACUCAUCAUGAUAAAGAAUUAAUUAAAGAUUUAGAUUAUUAUGGAUUAAUUUGUUUAAAAGAAGAUUAAAAUCCAGGUGCUUAUGCUUAAGUUAAAACUUUUAAAAAUCUAGGUAUUUCAUAAUGGAUUUUAAGUGGAGAUAAGAAAAUGUAAACACUUUCAGCUGCUAAUCAUGUUGGCAUUGUUAAUAAUAAUAAUACUUUAUUAAGAAUUGAUGAAGAAGAUGAAGAAAAGUUAAAAUUAUAAAUUAAAUCUCAAUUACUAUUUAUAAGAAAAUAAUUAUUAAAAGAAGAUGAAAGUUAAUAAAAUGAAUAAACUAAAUCUUUUCUUAGUUAAAAAUCAUUCUCUGAAAUGAAAAGAAGUGGAAUUUCCAAAAAAGCUACCUUUGAUGAAAAUAUGAUAUUGAAAUCAAAAAAAGGAGAAGAACCUUUAUAAAAAGUAUUCUUAUUAGUCAAUGGCAAAUCUAUCAAACCAAUUUUUAGUGAUGAUUACACAAAAAGUCAUUUCCUUUUUAUUGCUUUAAUCUUAAAGACUGUAAUUGCUUAUGAUUGUUCACCUGCUGAUAAAGAACUAAUUACAUAAGCAGUAGCUAAAAUUAUGGAACCUAGUAACACUCUUUUAACUAUUUCAGAUUCUGUAGAUGAUUUUAAUAUGAAUUCACAUGCUAAUGCUACUAUUUAAUUCUCAAAAGAAAAAAGAUCUUUAAAAAUAGCUUAUCAAAAUAUUUAAGUUAAUGAUUUACAACACAUUAAAUAAUUAGUAUUAUAUUUUGCAAAGAUCUUACCUAUGCAUCUUAGCUAAUUGACUGUAAUGUGUACAAAAAUAAGUUUAUAUUAAUUAAUCAUAUUUACUUUAUUUGUAUGUGUUAGAAGAACACUUUAUAUUGAGGAACAUGUCGUAUAUCUAUUGGCACUUUAAAUUCAUAUUAUUAUUAAUGGUCUUCUACCUUCUUUUGAAGAUAGAUCAAGUUAUGAAUAAAUUGAAUUGAUGUUACCUCAAUAUUAACCUUAGGCUUACAAAUGUUUUAAAUCUAAUUUUAGAUGGUUAUAAGAAUUAUUUUAUGAAGUUGUUAUUUCAGCUGCAAUAACUGGAUUUAUGAAUACAUAUAUAUUUGCAGAAUUUAUGAUGUUUUUUACAUCUGAUCCUAAUAAUUUGGCUCAUUUGAUGUUUUUAUUUCAAUUAUUUUGUGUCUUUGCUUUUGGAACUUCUUAAAUGAUUCAUUUAAAUGUUGCAUUUGGUAAAAUCAUAUGGAAUUUUAUUAUCACUCUUGGAUUGCUCACAAUUUCAUUUGCAAUUGUUGUUGAAAGUGAUUAAAGAUUAUAAAUUAUUAGAAAUAUAUUUAAAUGGUAAUUCAUAAUUGGUAUAAUUACUGGAGUAGUUAUAAUCAUCACUAUUGAUUAAAUUAUAAAAUAAACUAGAGAUUUGAUGUUUACUCCAAGAAUAAUAAUUAACUUUCUUAAAUUUAUGGAAAAUUCUAUGAAGAAUUAAUCUGGAAAAAUAGUUUAAGAAUCAGUUAAAUAAUUUUCAAUGUUGAAUCACAUUAAAAUUAAUAGAUAAUUUUUUAGAAAAAUAAAAAAAGUAUUUGAAAAUGUAUCUAUUGAUCCUUUUAUCAGAUCAUUAUUUGAAAGUGAGAAGACUUAAUCAUUUAAUGAUGAAUAUUCUAAACUAUCUUUGGUUUUUAAAAAUAAUAAUUACGAAAAGUAAUUUAGAUAAUUUAAAGUUUAAUAUUAUUAUUAAUAAAGAAGAGAAGUUGUUUUAGUAUUAUUUUUAGUUUUAAGAGUAAGUAAUGUAAUAGCAUGGUCUCCAUUUUUGACAGUAGAAGAUACAAUCCUAAAUAUUUUAUGGGCUAUAGUUAUGGUGAUGUGGAUUUUAAUUUUAUUUGUUACAAAAAUAGUUGAAAAGAAAUAAGUAGAUUUAGCAGCAUUUUAAAUAAAAUGGGGUACAAUUGAAGCAUACUUCUUUAUUCCAGUAGUUAUAAUUUUGGAUCAUUUUUUGAGUGUGACACUUCCUGAAGAUAAAAGUUAAUAUUAUUUUAGUACAUUUGGAUAGUUAUUAUAUUAGUAAUUUUUGGCAUGGGAUAUCUUUCCUCCUCCUUUAUAUUACCCAAUAUUUUUAACUUUAAUAUUUUUUAUAAAUUACACAAUAAGAGUAACAAACUUUUAUAAUAUACAAGUGAAUUCAAAUUAGGAGACAGCAACAUUUAGAGUUGAGUUUAUAACAUUAUAUGUUCUUUUAUUCUUUUUGAACUUACUAUCAAAUUAUACUCAUUAUAAUGUAAGAAAUGAUAUAAUUUAUUUAGUUUUAAAGAUUUUAAAGAUUAGUGUUUUUAUUUGAUUAAGCAUUAUAAACUUAAUAGGAAUAGACAAAUUAGAUUUUAAAGUCUCUGUUACCAGCAUUUAUAUAUGAAAAGAUAGAAUAAUCAGAAGAGACUGAAAUAGAAGAAAAUUAAGGAUCGGUAUCAAUAAUAUUUUUAGAAAUAUGUGAGUUUGAUAAAAUCUUAUAAUCUAAACAAAGAUAGGUAGUAACAUUUUUGGAUGACAUAUUUAGAGUAUUAGAUAAGAUAUGUUUAUAAUAUGGAGUAUAGAAGAUAGAGACAGUAGGUAAAACUUAUAUGGCAUGUUCAGGAUUGAAAUCGACAGAAAUAGAAAACAAUAAGGAUGGUUUGAAUUAAUAGAAAAAGAAUGAGACAACUAUAGCAUUAGAAUUGUCACUUGAUUUUUUAAAGGCAGUAUCUGAAUUUAAAUAUGAAUACAGAGAUUAAGAUGUAGUGAAAUUAUUUAAAUUAAAAAUUAAGAUUGGAAUUCAUUAUGGAUAAGUAAUAGCAGGAGUGAUAGGAUAUCAUAAACCAUAAUUUUCAUUAAUAGGAGAUACAGUGAAUACUGCAUCAAGAAUGUGUUCAACUGGAGAUGUAGGUAGAAUAACAAUAUCAAAUGAAGCUUAUGAUAGAGUAAAAGAUACUGAAUUUCUAUUUACUACUAGAGAAGUAGAAGCUAAAGGAAAAGGUAAACUUACUGUUCAUUAAGUUACUCAAAGGAAAUUACAAAUAAAAAAACAUCAAUCUUAAGUUAGAUUUUAUGAGGGUUAGAAAAAUGGAAGAUAACUCACUUUUAGAACUCAUAAAACAAGUAAUCAUCUUAGAAAUACUUAAUUAAAAUAAACAUACAAAGAUAUAUCUCCUCCAUCUUCAGGAAAUGAUCCUAAAGAAUAUGGUCGUAGAUCUAAACUUGUGAAUAAUCCUAUGCAAGGUUCCCAAUUAAUUAAACUCGCAAGAAAAAACAAAGGAGAACCAACUAGAGGAAUUAAAAAAGGCACUGUUAAAGAAGAUUAUACUUCAGUAAGUGAAACUGUAUGGUAAGGUAGAGCUAAGAGUUAAAUAAUUCAGAAAACUGAUUAUAAUACAAAUGAUUGGGAAGAAACAAAAGAAGAUGAAAUAUAAAUGAAAUAAGUAGAAAAAGAUCCUGAAAACAGAAUUAUUGGAGUAUCUGAUAAUGAUAUUGAUGGAUCUGAAAUGGAUGUUAAAAUUGAAAGGGUCAAAAAAGUUAAAGAUUUAGAAAUACUUAAAUAUAAAAAAUUAACACUUGAAUAUGAAAAAUGCAAUGAACGUAUUAUUGUUAUGCAAUUUGAAUAAUAUUAUUAAGAAGUUAGAUCAGCAUUAAAAGAUAUCUUUUAUCCUAUGACUAUUGUCUAUACUUUAUUUAAAGCUUAAAUUUAAUUAAUAGAUUCAGGAUAAGAUGGAUUAACUAUUUAUAUUGUUAGAAUGUUUUUAAGUCUAUAUUUAAUAAUAUUAUAUUUUAUAACAAGUAGAUUAAAGAAAUAUAAUAUGCAUAAUCUAGAUUUGGCAUUAACUGGCCUCUAUUAUGUAAGUGCCUUUUUAACAAUGUUUUUUGUUACAUUUAAUAAUUAAUAAAGAUUUCUUAUUUCUGAUAAUGCUGAAGCCUAUUUCUUUGCAUUUUCAGCUGUUAAUUAAUAAUCAUUAAAAUUCAAGUAUAUGUUUUUCUAUAUCCUAUUAUAAUAAGCAGCAUGGUUUGUUUAACUACUUCUUCAUGAACAUAACAAUUUAUUAGUUUUCAUAGUUUUAUCCACAAUUAUCUUAGUUAUUGUUUCACAUAAUAAUUUUGAAUUGACUAUUAAAAACUUUAAUAGUGCUGCCAAUGAAAAUUUGAAAAAAGAAUAAAGAGAUUCAUUACUCACUAAUUUAUUACCUUCACAUAUUUUAACAAGGUUCUAUUAGAAUAGCAAAAUCAAAUUAGAAUUAUCAGAUGUUUUAAUAGAUGCUACACUUUUAUUUGCUGAUAUUAGUGGAUUUACUGCUUAUUCUGCUAAAGUAUCAGCAGAGUAAGUUGUUAAAAUGUUAAGAGAACUUAUGACUUCCUUUGAUAAAGAAUGCUUAUAAUAAAAUGUCUAUAAAGUUUAUACAAUUGGAGAUUGUUAUGUAGUUUUAGGAAUAAAUGAUAUGGAAUAAAGACAUCCUGGUUAAGAAGCUAAAAAUGUACUAGAAAUGGGAUUAGAAAUGGUUGAAAUUAUUAAAAGAGUUAGAAAGGAAAUCAAUUUCAAAGACUUAAAUAUGAGAAUUGGAAUACAUACAGUAAUUUAUUUUUAUAUAAAUCUUAGGGUUAAUUUUAUGGUGGAAUUAUUGGAACAGAUAUAGUUAGAUAUGAUAUUUUUGGUAUUGAUGCUGUUAUUGCCAAUAAAAUGGAAUCUUAAGGAGAAGCAGGAAAAGUUAUGGUAAGUGAAGAUACAAGAAGACUUAUUAAUAUACAUUUCCCUGGAGAAUAUACUUUCACUGGCAAUAAAGAAGUAGAUAUCCCUGUUGCUAAAAAAAAGGUUUAAGCUUAUUUUGCAACCAAAACUGAUACUUUAAAUCGUCAAGACAAUUCCAGAUAUAUUUGA